AUGACUGGCUUAUCAGCGAUGCGACGCGGUGUUCUCAUUGUCGUGGAGGGACUCGACCGCGCGGGCAAGUCGAGCCAAUGUGAGGUGCUACGGGGGUUCCUUUCAGAGCAGGGACACACUGUGAAAUACAUUCGAUUCCCAGGUAUUCAACUGAACUGCAUUGCCUCUAUGUACCAUUGGUCUAAUGCCUCUAUAGACAGGACAACACCCAUCGGCAAGUUAAUCGAUAGUUACCUCCGCGGUUCAUCCCACCAAGACGACCACUCCAUCCACCUCCUUUUCUCAGCAAAUCGAUGGGAGGUAGCAAAGAGCAUCGAGGAAGAUAUCGCAAGCGGUACCACAAUCAUCGUAGACCGCUACUCCUACUCCGGCGUCGUCUACUCGGCCGCCAAAGCGAACCCCACACUCUCCCUGGACUGGGCAUGGCAGCCGGAGAUCGGUCUACCCCGUCCCGAUAUCUGCCUGUUCCUUGGAAUUUCCCCCGAAGAAGCGGCUAAGCGUGGUGGAUUCGGCGCUGAACGGUAUGAGAAUGAGGCUAUGCAAAUCCGCGUGCGGGAGCUCUUCCAGACGAUAUUUGAGAAGAUGCAGGAUGUCGCCGUUAUCGAUGCCGGUAAAUCCAUGGGUGAGGUAUCGAAGGAGAUUCGGGGUGCUGUGACUGGUUGCAUUUCACGUCUGGAUAUAACUAGUACAUUGAGGAAGCUGGAACCUCUUGCGAACUAG